UUGUCUAGUUAUAUAUAAUUUACAGUAAAUUAAAUAGUUGUUACAAAUAGACAUAAUAUAAAUAAUUUUUUUUAUAAAUUUAUUUUAAACAAACUAAUUAUUAGUUUAUUUGAGAUAUUGUUUUCAUUUUUAAAAAAUGAAAAUGACAUUGCUUUUUAAAACUAAUUUUAUUAAUAAUUUAUGUUUAUUAUUAUUACUAAUAAUAAAUAUUACAAAGUUUGCAUACAGUAAUAAUAAUAAAUAUAAUAAUGAUGACCAAGAAAAAAUAAAAGUGAAAAAUUGGAUUGUUGUGGAUAAAGGAUGGCCACUACAAGACAAUUAUGAUAGAUAUAUACGUCAAAGGAGUUGGCCAUUCUACUUUAUUGAACAUGAAAUCAAAAGUGGUACACAAUGGAAAAUAGGACAACAAAUUAUCGAUGAAUUCAAAAAUAAAAAUAAUACAGUUUUUAGAUUAAGUUUCAAGUAUUGGGAGUACGGCAUCGACUGGUGGCCACAAACAGUGGUCAAUGCCGACGGUUACGGCACUAGCGAUGAGAUAACUAACUUAUUUUUCAUGUAUCUAAAAAAUUAUCGCAAAAAAGAUGAUACAAGUGGUCUACAAUACUGGAUGCCAAUCGAAUACAGUAUAUCCUAUCAACAGUUAUCAAAAUUUUCCAUUGCAUUCGAAACUUUGAAAAAUAACAAUAUUGUUGCAUUUAAAGAUAUUAAAUUGGAAUAUUUGGAUGAAUCGGAUAAUUUUGAAGAAGAUAUUUAUGAUUCAAAUUAUGUCUAUCAAGAUCUAAAAAUUGAUAAUAAAGAUUAUGAUACAGUCUAUGCAAUGGAUUCAACACAUAAAGACACAUACAAUAUGAAUACCGAUUAUGUCUAUCAAAUUGAAUACAAUUAUUUGGGUGAACCACGCGAUAUGGAAAUCAUAUUUGAAUAUAGAUUAUCCAAUGACCUAGAUCGAAUUAGAAAUAGAUUCUAUUCAUUUAGAUUACAAAAUAUUGCUUUUAAAGAUAUAAAUUUAAAUCUUAAUGAAUUUUUGGCAAUGACCGGGGCUAAUUUCUAUAUAUAUGCAAAAAUUCGAUAUUUUAAAGAUCGCCGAUCGCCACCUAAAUCAUCAAUUGUGACAAUUACUAAGUCAACUGAAACAACAAAAAAGACAACUAAAUAUCCUAAAUAUUUAUUGCCAAUGAAAGAUGGGAUCAAUUGGAAUAAAUUGAUUGAUGGAGAACGUAAUGUUUGGAAAGAAAUACCACAAAUCAAAGAUAAACAGUAUUUUACAUUUGAAUCCAAUAAUAUUAAAUUUAAUGCUGAAACAAACAACGAACAAAUAGCAACUGCAUCGUUGGUCAGUCAAUGGAUAGUAUGGGACAAAAAUUUGUUAACUGUGCAUGGUCAAUUUCAAAUAACAGUAGAUAAUGCCGACGACUUUCACGGUUUCCGAGUUCGGCCCCAACUAUGCGAUUGGCUGUUCAGGUGUGGCGACGCUGUCAUACAAAGCACUGUUGUUUCUGAGGACAACAAAACCCGAACAUUUAAGUUCACAUUUGCAUUGAUUAGCGAUUCAUCAAAUUAUGUAAAAUUACAUUUUCGUGUCGACUAUUUUAGACCGUCAUAUAUGGCUGAAUACGGCAGUAAUUCAACAUAUUUGACACAAUUCUCAUUAAAAUUACUACAUUUUGGUGACCCAUGUUUUCCUGAACUACAGUCUAGUAAAUGUGUCGGUCAUUAUGAGGAAUGCCAAUCAAUUGACUAUUCAUCUAAUAAUUAUCCAAAUGAUCCCCAAUGUCAAUGCAAAAUUGAUUAUAUCCAGGAUAAAUAUUGUGACAAAAUUAAUUAUUGUGAACACCAAUAUCAAGAUGAAAUAAUAAAGCCAUCAAUAAGUGGACGAAAAUAUUGUAAUACAAAGUUUAUGCUAAAAAAAUAUAAUUGUAAACCAAUUAAUAAUGAUUUUGAAUGUUUAUGCGGUACUACUAAUAAUUUACCAGAUCCUACUGAUCAACUAAUUAAUUGGAAUGCAAAAGAACAUAAAUGCGAACCAAUUGAAAUUACUGGAAAUUGGGAAAAAACUACUGAUCCGAAAAUAUUUAUUGCACCCGAAAAACAAACAAAUAAACUUAAAGUUAAUUUUAUACCAGUUUUAUCUGAUUUAGACGUUUGUCUUGAAAUUACUACAACAAUACCAAACAAAAUUGGAAUAAACUUAGAUAUUCAAUAUGAAGAAAACAAUUCUAUAUUACCAAGUUUAUUUUUAUCAAAAACAACAAGUCCACAAAACUUUCAAUUAUGUUUAAAAGAUUACAUACCUAAUUUACCCGAUAAAUUUAGCGUACAUUUUUUGGCACCAAAUAAUUUAGAUAAAAAUGAUUUAAAAAUAGAAAUUAAAGCUUUUUUGCAAAUUAAAAAAACGGCAACACCAUUUAUAACAAAUUGGAACGCUAUGACAAUACCAGAAACAAAAGAUCAAAUUUGGACACAAUUUCCUAACAAUAAAUUUGGCAAAUUCGAGACAGAUCCUAUUACUCCAAAAUUUAAAAUGAAUUAUAAUUUUAUGGUCAAUGAGAAACUAAUAAAAACUUCGCAUUAUUUAAUUACUCCGUGGAUUAGUUAUAACGCGAAUUUUAAAACUACACCAAAUUAUACAUUUACUAUUGAGUUUGAAGAUAAUAAUGAUAAAAUUGGUCAAGAUAUUAAUGUUUACUUAUUAUAUCAAAAUGGUAACAAAAUUACAAGUGAAGUUUUAUGGCGAGAUAGUAGACAUGGAACUGAUAUAAUAUGCAAAUAUAUACCGGAAUUUAGUUUGAAUAAUAUUCAAGGAAAUGACUUUAAAAUUAUCAUUGAAUUUCAAUUUAACGAUAAAUAUGAUUUUUAUAAAAAACAUCAAUAUCCAAUAACUGUUAGUGAUAUAAAUAUUGGUGAUAGUUGUUUUGACAAUGUUGGGCGACCUGUUUGCAAUAAUGAUAAAUGUUUACGUGUAAAACCUAAUCAAUUUCAAUGUGUUUGCCCACAAGGCUUGAAAGGAAUACUUUGUGAUGAAAUUGAUAAAUGUACAUUGAAAAGUAAAAUUGAUGGUUUUACAAAUCAAGAGUAUUGUAAAUUUUUUGCCAAUGCUGAUUGUCAACAUUUGUCAGCUGAUAAAUUUAUGUGUAAUUGUCAACAACCAUAUUAUCAAUGGAAUCAAGAUCAAUUAAUAUGUGAACAAAAAACUUUUGUAAAAACAAAAUCAAAAACUUGUGAUAAAGGAAAGUGUGUUAUAUUUGACAGCAUUAAUACAGUUAUGAGAUCUACUAAUGAAUUGAUGCCAACUUUAAAUAGAGAUAAUUAUUUAAAAUUAUUGCCAUUUUAUCUGGGCUUUCAAAAUGAAGGCACAAUUGAGAUACCGGUUCCAAAACAAAAAUCUUCUGACCCUAAGCUCAAUGUCGAUACGUGUUUGAAACUGCAAUACAAGUUAUCAACAACUAAAUCAAAACUAAUGGUUGCUUAUAAUGACAAUAAACCCAUAGAAUUGAAUACAAUUGAAUAUAAACCCGACGGAGAGCUAAUUAAUUGGCAAAAUGAAAUAGUGUGCGCCAAUCAAAUUAGUAAAAAUGUGGAUGAAAAGUCACCCAUACAAACAUUUAUAUUAAAUCCAUCAAUUUAUUCAAAAGAUAGUGAUAUGGUUGCCGUCAAAAUUGAACAAAAAUUUGUUGAUCGAUCAGAUGGUGUUCCGUAUGAAAAAUUAAGUCCAAUACCAUUUUUAACUGCAUUUAGCGAUAAUGAUAAAGAUAUAAAUUUCACUGCAAGACAUCAAUGGGUUACACAAUUUCCCUAUAAAAUACCAAAUGAUAUUAAUAAACCAUACUGGUCGUUUACAAAUAAAUACAAAGUGUCAGUUAUAACUUUUUCUCCUCAAGUUCAAACAAUUGAUUCAAAUUAUGUGUCGACAUUAUAUAGCAAUUGGAUUGAUCCUGGUCAACAACCAAAGCAAUUUAUAAUGAAUUUUGUAAUUAAUAAUGAUUAUAAAGACUUUGUAAUAGAAUUUUUAUUAUUUGAUAAACAUAUGAAUGAAAUAACACACAAUACAGUAAUCGGUGAUCCAAUGAUUUCAUCAAAAGUAGAUAUUACUUAUAAAAAAGGAUCUAAAGUUUCCAUUGAUUUUGGAAAACAAUUAAAUAUAUUUAAAAUAGGAUUGAGAGCUACAUAUAGAUUGCCAAAAGUAUUGACACAAUUAAUACAAAUUGAAUCAUUGACUGCUGGCGAUCCCUGUUAUGAUAGAGAUAAUAGACAUUUUUGUCACGGAAACGGUGUAUGCAUUAGUCGAUAUCCUUAUACACCCAAAACAACAACAUGUAAUUGUUAUAAUGGAUUUACACAGCUAUCACAUUGUAAAAUACAAGAUUUUUGUCUGUCCACUGUUGAGUUACCAAAUGGUAAUACAGGUUAUGACUAUUGUAGAAUAAAUUAUCUUGGUCAAUGUAUAUCUAAUACGUAUAAUUCAUAUAAAUGUGAUUGUAAUAACACAAACAUACAAUACUAUGAUAAUCGUAUCUUAACGUGUGUGUCUCUACCAAAAUGUUUGAUUACCAGUUGUAGUGAUCCAUUAACACAACAGUGUGUAGAAACUAGAGACGGACCCAAAUGUAAGUGUAUAUUCAAUGAAAGGGUACAAUAUUAUGAUGAAAAUGAUGGAAUUGGAGAACUAAAAUGUGUGGCAUUUGAUUAUUGUAAUUCUAAACAUCAGCUAUUAUUGCCCACAAUAUAUCGUAAUCCCGAUCCGUGUGGGACAGCAAAAGAUAACACUAAAUGUCUAUCAUUUAAUAUGUUAUAUAAAAAUAACAAAUGGAUUACUGAUUACACCUGUGUCUGUAAACCGGGAUACGAAACAAUUAAUGAUGGAAAUAAAGUUAAGUGUAUAUCACAUUUGUGUGAUUUGAGUGCAGCCAACAAUUGUGCCCAAAAGUGUAGCAAUGAUGAUAACAAUUUCGAUGGAUAUACAUGUGAUUGUGACUCAAAGUAUACUAAAAUUGAUGAUUACAAUUGUCAAAUGAAAAGUGGUUUAUCGUGUGAUUGUAGUCCACCCGCUUGGUGUGGAUCUGAUGGUAAGUGUCAGUGCAAACAUGGAUUCAAAGUUGACGAUUCUGGUAAAAAAUGUAUACAAUCGUCAAUACUAGUUGAUAAAUCUGUUUGUAUAAAUGGAAAAACUAAAUUAAGAAACAAUGAAUUAGUAUGCGAUUGUCCACAUAAUUAUACUUUAUUAGGAAACGGUAUGUGUAAACCCAUUGAUGUUUGUGCCGAUGGACAGAUAGGGCAACAAAUUUGUGUCACCAAAAAUGCUUCCUGUAUUUUGAAUGCCAAACAACCGGAUCAAUAUGAAUGCCAUUGUUUAUCCGGAAAAUACAGAAAUAUCAAAGAAAAUCAAUACGAAAGCAACCGAACCGUAUGUAUUGACAAUUGUCGGUACGAAAGACGUAACGAUAUCUGCGAUUCAAUUGAUGCGGUUUGCGAUCCGACAGUCCAACCGAAAUCUGGCGAACAAAUGACCGAUUUUUGUCUCUGCAAACCGGGAUACAAGUGGACAACUAAUAGUAAUUUUAUGAGAUGUGAAACGGUUGAUAAAAUUAUCAAAUUUACUGUUAAUAUAAAAAGUUUGAAUACAUUUUUGAGUCAAUCGUAUGUAUCACCGAUUGAUGUACAUUCAGAUGCAUAUUCCGAUGCUUACGAUUAUAUCGAUGUAUUGAAAACAGAAAUCAUUAGAAAUACAUUAAUUGAAAGAUCAAAAUCAGGCUUUUAUUACAAAGAGUUAGUUAAAUCAGAUAUAUUGGCGUUCAUGCGAUUGGCCAUCAAUUCGACAUCAUUUAGACCCGACAACUACCGUGAAAAUCCUGUUAAUGUGGCCAUCGAUUCCUGUAAUUACAACCAAACUACUGAAUACUAUAAAUGUGUAUUUGUAUUAUCACUGGACAAGUCUGUUGUGGACAACAAACCAUUACAACUGAUUGAAGAAAUAAAAAAGUUGUGUUACACCGAUGUAAACAAUAAACUAUGUUUUUUCCCGAUUCGUAUGCAACCAUUGCCACCGCCAUCACCACGGCCUAUGCGGUCAAUAUCUGUACCAAUUGUAGACAAAUGGGUUAACUAUGAUAUCGAUGACGACAUACAAAAUUAUUUUACUAAACAAGACAUGACUUAUAUUAUUGAAUUGGACAGUAUGUCUAUUCUCUAAGAUAUUUCUAUCUAACUAUUAUUAUUCCUGAAAUAUAAAUUAAAUUAAAUUAA